AUGGCCGACGAAUGCCGGCCCAGGUCUAACAGAGGUUGCGAGUACCCGCUGUAUCCGGUUGACAUAGUUUAUCAUAGUGACCGCCACCGUGGCGAAUGUCGCGUCUACGUCUUCGCUAAGAAGGUCGCGUGCCCGGACCCGUGCAGCAGGCAGAGGCUCGUUGUCCUCGAAGUCACGGGAUGGAUGCCAUACAUGUAUCUCAAGGUGAAGGACGGUGACAUCGGCAAUAUGGUGUCUGCCAUUGGUGAUUGCAUUGGACAAAUCAAGCAAGACUACGUGGGUCGGGAGAUUAGGUGCGACUACAGAAUUGACACGUCAAGCGACUUGACGUUCAUCGACGGCUAUGGCUACCACCCGGACGACGCCGAGGAACGAUUCAUCAAGGUAUCUAUUGGUGAUCCAAGUGUGUAUAAAAAAUUUGCCGAGAUCGUGCCAUACGAAGUGUACAUGGCGCAGGUGGACCAUGUGUGCCAAUUUAAGGUCGACGUGGGGCUGGCCCAUCCCAACAAACUCCUCGUCUUGGGGCCUGACUUCGAGUACGACGAACGGAGUUCACGCUUUGUAACGUCGGUGCGCAACCUCAAGACAGUGGACAACGUCGAUAAGGAGACUCCCGUGUUGAAAGCCAUGAGCAUCGACAUUAUGUGCAUCUCUCAGUCCGGUAGCUUUCCCAAGGCCGAAAACGAGGACGACCAAAUUAUCCAGAUCGCUUCAGUGGUCACUGCGGAUGUGCUGCGAGCCACCCACGACAGCGACGACUUUCGGAAGUAUGCCUUCGUUGUCGGAUCCUGUGACUCCGUGGAUAAUACCGAAGUGAGGCAUUACGACAGCGAGUCCGACAUGCUCGAGGGGUUUUUGAGUCACGUGGUGUCGAUGGACCCGGACGUCAUCACGGGUUACGAAGGGCGCAGUUUUCAUUGGCCCUACAUUCUGGAAAGGUUCAAACGUUUCCAGUUGUGGCCCUCGUUUUCACGACGCCGUUACGGCGGGAUCUGGUCCCACUACGUGCACGGCAAUAAGGAGGUCGUUUCGUCGCACGAUCGGAUUCUGGUCGACAUGCGUGAUGUAAUCACGGCCGAACAGAAACUCAGGUCGUACAGCUUGGACUUCGUCGUCAGAGAGUUUAUACCAGGUGAGGUGCAGUUGGAAGAUGUCACGUAUGAGCAGGUGAAAGAGUUUCACGAGGGCACUUCUGCCACGAGAUCCAGGAUCGCCGGAUGCUGCGUGAAGCGCGCUCUCAUGCCGCUGAAGCUCAUGAUGAAGUUCAACACAAUGACUUCCGUAAUCGAAAUAGCCAACAUAACGGGCGUCCCGAUGCGUUACGUAUACAGCAGGGGUCAACAAGUACGUGUCAUGACCCUCAUCGCCAGGGAGGCGCACGCCCACCGAAUGUUAUUUCCAACAAUGAAGAAGUCGGGCCAACAAGGGUACUGCAGUGACAGCAGUGAUGACUUUAAUGAUUCUGAUGAUGAAGAGGAAGCCAGUGCUAAGAAACCGGCCUUUCCUAGAAAGAGAAAGGCAGAAAGUAGCGAUCUAAACAACACGGGAUAUCAAGGAGCCAAGGUGCUCGAACCAAAGGUUGGAUUCUAUCAUGAUCCGGUGUGCACAUUGGACUUUGCUUCCCUGUACCCGAGUAUCAUCAUCGCUAUGAACCUGUGCUACUCGACUCUUCGCCUGAACUCGAAGCGGCAGACUGAGAAUACGGAACGUAAAGCAAAUCAAGACGAAGAUCGUUAUGAAUAUGAACAAGGAAAACCUUCCCCGGAGGGGGAUGUGUUCGUGUCCGAGAGUGUCAGGAAGGGAAUCUUGCCGACGAUUUUGGUCGACCUUCUGAGAGCAAGAAAGCAAGUGAAGGAGGAGAUGGCCGAAUUCGAGCACGACCCGUUCACGCUGUCACUCCUUAACGAGCGCCAAUUGGCCAUCAAGAAGUGUGCGAAUUCAGUGUACGGCUUCACGGGUGCCGUGCGCAAUGCAAUCCUGCCCUGCACUGAAAUUGCCCGAUCUGUGACAGCCUACGGCAGAACUCUGAUGGACAAGACGGUUUACUACGUCGAAAAAAAGUACACCCAGCACGAAGUGAUUUACGGGGACACAGACUCGGUGAUGAUCAUCUGCCGAGGCAAGACGGUGGCAGAAGCCAUGGAGAUGGGCAAAGCACUGGCCGAGCUAAUUUCGUCGCACUUUCCUCGCCCCAUACAGCUAGAGUUUGAGAAAGUGUGCCGGCCGUACCUGCUUCUCGGCAAGAAGACGUACGCGGGCGCCGUGUACUCUUCCAACCCCGACUCACACGACAAUGUCGAAGUCAAAGGCUUAGAGAUGGUACACAGGGACUGUUUGCCCUACCUGUCACGCGUCAUGGAAGCUUGCAUCCACGAAAUGAUCGUGAAUGUGGACAUACCGGCUGCUCAGGAAACAGCCAGAAAGGCACAGGACGACCUGCUGUCGGGUCUCGUGGACAUUGCGGAACUGACCUUGCGCAAGAAGUACGACAAGGCAGACUACAAAAGCCACUCGCCUCAUUUGCAUGUUAUCGAAAAGAAGAAAGCUAGGGGGGAGAAACCUCCCAGCGUGGGUGAUUUGAUUCCCUACGUCGUAUGCAAAGAGCUCGUGACGGACGAGGAGGAACUUCCAAAGGAGUAUGAAGAUCGGCCACAACAGUUCGUCAAGCGCAGAAAGCGCUACUUGCGCAAAAUGGCAUACAGGGCUGAAGAUCCGGCGUACGUGAGGAAGCAUGGCUUGCCCAUUGACUACGCCUACUACGCGGAAAUCCAUUUGGAGAAACCUUUAAAGAGACUCUUUGCGUGCGUACAAGGUGGGAAGCCUCAGACUGCCACCGCCAGCUCCGCAAAAGACUGA